UGUCGGCAUGUGGAGGGUUGUGAGGGGGGGGAGAGGGGUGAGGGGGGUCCGGAGUAAUGGGGGGAAACGGGGCAGGGGUCUGAGAACGGGAACGGAGAGAUGGACGGAUGGAUUCAGGGAGCUGGGCCCGGCGCUGUCCCGCCUGGCACAGACACUUCGUGGCCACCUGCCGGACUCGGGGGGGCCGUGGAGCCCCACGCAGCCCUACCACAACAGCCCCCCGCCCCCCGAGCAGGCCGACGUGGUGGUGGCGGGGGGCGGCGUGCUGGGCUGGUCAGUGGCCUAUUGGCUGAAGAAGCUGGAGAACAGGCGGCACGGCAUGAGGGUGGUGGUGGUGGAGCGGGACCCCACGUAUUCCCAGGCUUCCACCGUGCUGUCUGUGGGCGGCAUCCGGCAGCAGUUCUCCCUGCGUGAAAACAUUCGCCUGUCUCUGCACUCCGCUGCCUUCCUGCGCACUAUCAAUGAACAUCUGUGGGUGCCCAACGAGCCCCCCAUCGACCUUCAGUUCCAGCCCUCGGGGUAUCUCUUCUUGGCGUCUGAGCGUGGUGCUGCCACCCUGGAGGCUGGGGUCAAGGUGCAGAGGGAGGAGGGUGCCCAGGUGGUGCUGCUGUCCCCUGAUCAGCUGAAGGCCAAGUUCCCAUGGAUAAACACAGAGGAUGUGGCCGUGGCGUCCUAUGGGCUGGAGAACGAGGGCUGGUUUGACCCUUGGUCCCUCCUCACCGCCUUCCGAAGGAAAGCCAUGUCCCUGGGCGUCUACAGCUGCGUCGGGGAGGUGACAUCUUUUGUGACGGACACAGCAGACAACACUCCUGGCAUGCCGCGAGGGGUCGGCCGUGUGAAAUACGUCAAUGUGCGCCUCCCCGACAGCCCGGAGCAGCAACCCGUCUCCUGUGCCAUCGUGGUGGCCGCUGCCGGAGCCUGGAUCGGGAAAUUGCUGGACUCAGCCACGGCCGGACUGCGGGGCAGCCUCCCCCUGAGCCCCAUCCCCAUAGAGCCCCGCAAGAGGUACGUCUAUGUGUGGCACUGCCCCAACGGGCCGGGCCUGGAGACACCAUUCCUCAUUGACACGUCGGGAGCCUAUUUUCGACGUGAAGGCAUCGCUGGCAACUACCUGGGGAGCAUGAGCCCACCGGAGGGCCGUGAGCCGGACACAGGGAACCUGGAUGUGGAUCACAGUUUCUUCGAUGAGGAGGUGUGGCCGCGCCUGGCGCACCGCGUGCCGGCCUUCCAGUCCCUGAAGGUGAAGAGCUCGUGGGCCGGAUACUACGACUACAACAGCUUUGACCAGAACGGGGUGCUGGGGCCGCACCCGCAGCUGCAGAACGUCUUUGUGCUGGGGGGGUUCAGCGGGCACGGCCUGCAGCAAUCCCCCGCUGCGGGCAGAGCCGCGGCCGAGCUGCUGCUGUACGGAACCUGCACGGCCGUGGAUGUCAGCAGGAUGGCGCCGGGCCGGCUGUGGGGCAACGAGCCGCUGCUGGAGGCGGCCAUUGUGUGAAUAGCGGCACCGGGAAUAAACGGCCGGUGUGGGCUGUGUGUGUGUGA